CUUAAACUCUUCUUCCUAAUUUUCCUAACCUGCGUAUUACACGAAGUUAAUAUGGUAUCAGAGCAGCUGCGUUAAUCGAUCGAUAUUUGUCGAUCAUUCGCAGGGAUGCCGACGGAAGAAGAAGGAUCUACGCCCACACCAAAAUUCGACUAUACCUCCCCAUUUUUCUUGGGACCCCAGGAUCGACCGGGUGAUUUCAUCACUCCGGUUCGUCUCACACAAAAUAAUUACGAGGAAUGGUCGAACGUUGUGCGAUUGGCUCUACGAGCCCGACGGAAAUACGUUUUCGUCGACGGAACAAUUAAAGCACCAGUACCUCCUUGCACCGAGGACGAUUGGCUUACGCUUCACUCUAUGAUCAUCUCUUGGCUGUUAAACGUGAUAUCUCCGGACGUUAAACAGACCCUUUCGCACUACGAGGAUCCUCAGCGACUGUGGAACGAUUUGAAGGAGAGGUUUGCGUUGGUUGAUGGCCCGAAAAUACAUCAAGUCAAAACUGACUUGGCUAAAUGCGUUCAAACGAGAGGCAUGGCUGUUGGGACUUAUUAUGCCAAAUUACAAAUUAAAUUUGUGGGAUGAAUUAAACAACUAUGAACCAUUGAUUAGGUGUAAAUGUGGCAAAUGCACGUGUGAUGUGCUCGGCCAACACGAGAAGAGAAGGGAAUCCGAACAUUUGCACCAAUUUUUGAUGGGGAUUUAUUCUGAUUUUUUUGGCAGCACACGGUCCCAGUUGUUGACACAACCUGAUCUGCCGACCCUCAACCGUGCUUACCAGCAAAUGGUUCAGGAAGAACGUGUGCGGGGAAUCGUACAGACACAGGAAGAAAAGCCAGAAGUGAUGGGCUUCGCAGUUCGUACUGAAGGAAAAGGGGCUGGACGAGGAAUUAAGCAGGAUAAAUCCGGAUUGCAGUGUUCUUAUUGUAAGUUUUCUGGACAUGAUGUAACUGCUUGCUUCGAGUUACACGGUUACCCGGACUGGUGGGGUGACCGACCCAGGCUUGGCAUCAAAGGUGCAGGGCGUAGUCGUUCAAAUACCUCAGGCCUUCCGAGCAAUCCUGGAGUAUCUCGUGGCGGAUCGAUGGCAAAAGCACAUGCUGCGGUUGCAGCUGAACCUGCGGGCAAAACACUGCAGCAAGGUGAAAGUAGUGGCGGACAGUCCACUCCCCUGCCAGGUUUCACGCCGGAACAGUGGAGCUCCCUGGUUUCCUUGUUUGGUAACUCACUUCCUACUAAUGAUCGCAUGGCCGGACCGUCCCUCGAGGAGGCUGAUUUGAACGGGUGAACGGCGGAAUGGACUGUACUACUUGAGGGAGGAACCGAUGGCACAAGUUCUAGCAGUCAACGAAUCAAAGAAUGUGGAAGCAGAAUUGUGGCAUCAACGGUUGGGACAUGCAUCUUCUCAAGUAGUUGAAAAAGUGGCCCCCGUAAGUGGUUUGAAGAAUUUUGGAAAUUUUCCGUGUGAUAUUUGUUUUAGAGCUAAACAGACUAGGGACCCCUUUCCUACUAGUUUGAAUAAUACUCGUGAUAUUUUUGAGAUGGUGCAUUGUGAUUUGUGGGGUCCAUAUAAAACCCCGUCUUCGUGUGGUGCUAGACAUUUUUUGACAAUUGUUGACGAUUAUUCCCGUGCUGUUUGGGUUUAUCUGCUUAUUGAUAAAAAGGAAGUUUUGAAAAUGUUUCUCUCUUUUGUUGCUAUGGUGGAUCGCCAAUUUUCUAAGAAAAUUAUGCGUGUGAGAAGUGACAAUGGGACCGAAUUUAAUUGUUUAAAAG